UUUUUUAUCGUCAAUAAUUUAGCCGUUGUAGAAUUAGUUUAAAGUUGAAAAUUCGUGUUUGAGUUUACAACCAGCAGCAAUGCAUAUUAUCAAAUGUGAUACUUUGAGAAAAUAACAAUUCCUAAGUUGGCCAGGCCAUGUUAUCAUUUGGAUUGUGACUCUUCAAAUAGCCUAGGCCCAACACUAAUCUGUUUCUAAAUCGGGGAAAUGAAACGAAGGCCUGAGCCUAAAACCAAAGCAGUACUACUAGCCCAAGAGUUUUGAGGGGCCAGAUUAACCGAUGGCGGGUCAUUUUCUCCCACCGACAUGAUUAAUCUGGUAGUAAUUCCUUCGACCACACCCUUUCCCUCCUACAAUUCUUUUUACAAAUCCCGAGUAGCAGUUGUUAACUCGACUGGACCACUCACCUAACACAUCUUAUCAGUGUCGCUAACUCCACCUUCUUCUUCCUUCUCUCUGUUAAAUAAUGGAGCUGCUCUCUUUACUGUAACAGUGUAGAGUACAAUAAAUACCACUCAACUCAUCAAAAUUAGAAGCCAAAUGCACAUUCGAAAUCCGUAAUAACAUGAUGAGGGACAGAGAAUCAUCUGACGAAGAAGAUGAUCGAGAGAACCUGAUCCAUCAAAACGAACGAGGAAAUGACCUUUCUAAAUCUCCACGGCGUUCCACAUUCCAAAUCGACGACGUCAAGGACCGAUUCGCCCUUGGUCGGCGCUUCAAUUUCACCAUCGGCAAGAGGUAUUUCCUGGCAAUUAUUCUCCCUGUUCUGGUACUCGUUCUUUAUUUCACUACCGACAUUAAGAGCCUAUUUCAGACCACUGUUACCAGCAUAAAGUAUGAUGGUUCCGUCAAUUCCAUGCGCGAGUCCGAAUUACGGGCACUUUAUCUGCUUGGACAGCAGCAGUUGGGACUUUUCAAGCUGUGGAAUCACACACUGGUUAAUGAUACUUCUAGUACAGCUACUGGUAAUAGCUUGGAGUCCAGUCCUGGGUUUAGUGCUAUUUCGAGGUCUACUCUUGUAGAAGAUCUCAAAUCCGAUCUGCUCAGGCAGAUUUCACUUAAUAAACAAAUUCAACAAGUUCUUUUGUCCUCUCAUCAAUUAGGUAACUCGUUAAUUACAUCAGAUAAUGGGACAGAUCCUAGUCUCGGGGGUUUAGGUAGGUGCCGGAAAGUGGAUCACAACUUGUCCCAGAGGAGAACUGUUGAGUGGAAACCAAGAUCCAACAAGUACCUGUUUGCAAUUUGUGUUUCCGGUCAAAUGUCAAACCAUUUGAUCUGUUUGGAGAAGCAUAUGUUUUUCGCAGCUCUGCUCAACCGCAUUUUGGUUAUUCCGAGCUCAAAGGUUGACUAUGAGUUUCGGCGAGUAUUAGAUAUUGAUCAUAUAAAUAAAUGCUUGGGGAGAGAAGUAAUUGUAACCUAUGAGGAUUUUGCAGAGAGACGAAAGAGCCAUUUGCACAUAGAUAAAUUCCUUUGUUAUUUCUCUCAGCCGCAACCUUGUUUUUUGGAUGAAGAACGUGUUAAGAAGCUGAAGUCAUUAGGGGUUUCUAUGAAUAAGCUCGAAACUGCUUGGGAUGAAGAUGUUAAGAAGCCAAAGAAAAGAACUGUCCAAGACAUAAUAGCAAAGUUCUCUACAGAUGAUGAUGUUAUUGCAAUAGGUGAUGUGUUCUUUGCUGAUGUGGAGAAGGACUGGGUGAUGCAGCCUGGUGGCCCAAUUUCCCACAAAUGCAAGACACUCAUUGAGCCAAGUCGCCUUAUCAUGCUUACUGCCCAACGCUUCGUUCAAACAUUCUUGGGAGACAACUUUAUCGCUCUUCAUUUCCGCAGACAUGGUUUUCUGAAAUUCUGCAAUGUGAAAAAGCCAAGUUGCUUCUAUCCUGUUCCUCAAGCUGCAGACUGUAUCAAUCGUGUGAUUGAGAGGGCCAAUUCUCCAGUAAUAUAUCUUUCCACAGACGCCGCAGAAAGUGAAACUGGUUUACUUCAGUCACUUGUUGUAUUCAAUGGGAAGACAGUACCCCUUGUUCAAAGGCCUUCUCGAAAUUCAGCUGAAAAGUGGGAUGCUUUAUUGUACAGACAUGGCCUUGAGGGUGAUCCUCAGGUCGAAGCUAUGCUGGACAAGACAAUUUGUGCUAUGUCUAGUGUGUUUAUUGGAUCAUCGGGAUCUACUUUUACCGAUGAUAUUUUGCGGCUAAGAAAGGACUGGGGAUCUUCAUCGCUUUGUGAUGAGUAUCUAUGCCAGGGCGAACUUCCAAACUUCAUUGCGGAUGAUGAAUGAAACAUAUAAUGGUUGAACAUACGUCGUCUUGUACUCCGCAAGCUCAUUGUGCUACUUAACCUGGUAGGACGAGGAGGCUUUUCUAAACAAGUUACUAUGCCUGAAACAAUUGCUCUACUUGCAGGCAAUGAAAAAUUGCUUUGGAGCAAGGGUCAUAUCUGUUGUUCUAUUGUCUGUUCCAUACUUCUAAUCUCGAUUCUUUAGCAUAGUUGGCCUAUUGGGCUGAUUCUUUUGGUCUGUAUUCUAGUGUAUAAUAUUCGCUUAGCAGGGUGACAAUGUGUUGCUCAGUGUAUUGUUUUAUCUCUUGCCACUAGUUUUAGAUCGUGUAGGUUUGUUUAUUGGCAUAUACACAUCUCAAUUGUCGAGUAUUUUCAGGAUGAAAAAAGACAACUUCACUUCC